AAAAAAAUAAUAGUGUUCAUAUAAAGUAAGAUCACCUGCUCCGGCGGAAAACGAGAGAAAUCUAGAAAUGGCGGAGCUGUUCGACAAGCAGGCGGCGAUAUACUCGGACUCGCGGCCAACUUAUCCGGCAGAAUGGUACAAAAUGCUGGCUGAUCUCACCCCCCACCACUCUCUCGCUUGGGACGUCGGCACCGGCAACGGUCAAGCUGCUCUCGGUGUGGCAGAGCAUUACAAGCAAGUAAUCGCAACCGACACAAGCGAACCGCAGCUGAAACACGCAACGCCGCACCCUCGAAUACGCUACCUCCACACGCCGCCAUCAUUAUCCGACGACGACCUGGCGAACCUAAUAGCCCCCGGCAACAACGACUCCUCGCUCGAUUUAAUCACCGUAGCUCAAGCGGUCCACUGGUUCGACCUACCGAGAUUCUACUCCCUGGCCAAUCGCCUCCUCCGAAAACCGGGCGGCAUUCUCGCCGUGUGGGGAUACAACGACAUAGCUGUCACCCCAGCAUUCGACGCCGCAGCUAAAAAAUUUCACGACACCACACUCCCGUACUGGAACUCGAAGAUCGAUCUUAUUUUCGAUGGAUAUAAAUCACUACCGUUCCCUUUCGAAAAUGUAGGGCUGGGAUCGGAGGGGAAUCCGGUGGCUCUUGAUAUACCGAAGGAGCUUUCUUUCGAGGGGUAUUUGAAAAUGGUGAGGUCUUGGUCGGCUGUCGUGACUGCUAAGGAACGAGGUGUGGAUUUAUUACCGGAAGAUACUGUUCGGAAGCUGGAGGCUGCUUGGGGUGGGGCCCGCCUCGUGAGAUCGGUUGCGUAUAAAGGGUUUAUGUUGGCUGGGAAAGUGAAGGUUUGCUCGUGAUUAAUGUUUUGAAGCUUGUUAUUUUUCAUAGCUUGAGGUUUUGUGAUGGAUAUAUCCCGUUUCGUACUCUUGUUUUCUGUUGUUGCUCGAUUGAAGAUGGCUUCGGUUUGCUGUGGUUUUGAAACUGGUGCUUGGUUUCGUGUU